AUGGCGGGGCGUGUGGCUGUGGCGGCGGUGCUCCUGCUGCGUCUUGGAGGCACCCACGGCACCAGGGACUGUGAGGAUCUUCAUGGAGUGGUGAUCGUCAGUGAAGGAGGGAAGGAGACAAUUUGUGAAGAGAGACGAGAAACAGGAAGAUAUAGUGAGUCGACAACAGUGUACGUGAAGCCGGGAGAUGACUUCAAGGGAGUUAGUCUUGAAGUGACACAAGGGCUAAUCUCUGCACAAGAUCUUCAAAAAGCCUGGUUUGGCCUAAACGAGUGUUACAGCGACAACAAGUGGAUCAAAUUGAAGGUGGAUGUGGAAGCACCGAAUAUAUUGAACCAACUUCUGCAUUUCACCCUAAACAUUGAAGGAUACAGUGCAAGAUGCACGAGGCAAACAACAUGGAACAAAGUCAUCACUGGCCUUAGUAUCGUGGCUCACGGCUCUUCCAGCUGGACAAGUACAGCCGAAGAAACGGGCGGCAGAUGUCACGGUCCAACACAAUUCACGAACCUGCAGAACCCACCCACCUGCACGGAUCCGCCCGACCCUAUCACCACCACCAGCACAUCAACACCACCACCUCCAGGUACCACCACCACCACUACCGCAACAACAACAACAGCACCUCCAGGUACCACCACCACGACCACCACCACCACCACAUCAACACCACCACCUCCAGUGGUGAUAGCGGUGCCGAUAGCGGUGGUGGUGGCGGUGAUCCUGGCCAUUGUGGUGUGUGUGACCUACCGGAGGCGACGGCGUGGACAGGGAGAGGGGCAGCUGCCCCGCGUCGGCGGCGAGGUAGACGUCGACGACAACUACAUGGACAUGGCUCCGCCCAAGGGCCCCACCGUGCUCCCGCGUGUGGCGCCGCGGCUUGGGCAGGCCGCCUCCUGGCGCGUCGGCGGCGAGGUAGACGUCGACGACAACUACAUGGACAUGGCUCCGCCCAAGGGCCCCACCGUGCUCCCGUGUGUGGCGCCGCGGCUUGGGCAGGCCGCCUCCUGGCGCGUCGGCGGCGAGGUAGACGUCGACGACAACUACAUGGACAUGGCUCCACCCAAGGGCCCCACCGUGCUCCCGUGUGUGGCGCCGCGGCUUGGGCAGGCCGCCUCCUGGCGCGUCGGCGGCGAGGUAGACGUCGACGACAACUACAUGGACAUGGCUCCUCCCAAGGGCCCCACAGUGCUCCCGCGUGUGGCGCCGCGGCUUGGCAGGCCGCCUCCUGGCGCGUCGGCGGCGAGGUAG